GGGGUAUUUGUAUACGGUCAUAUGAAAGGCGACGACAAUAGAUUUUGCAACGGGUAUAUGACCAAUUUCAAAUAGACCGUACCCGUACUUAUAUCUAUUUAUAGCCUUCCAUUUUAGACAAAUAGUUAACAGUGUUUUGACGCAGAUAAGAAAUAAAAAUGGAGGACACGAAACUUUUCGCGAUUAUUUUGCUGUCAAGUUUUUCAGGAAUACUAGCUGGAGAAUGGUGUACAGAUUAUACCGAUGACUUGUUUGACAGCACAGACACAAUUUAUUGUGAAGAUGGAUGUUGUGGGAACACCUAUGACCAGUAUUGCUGUAUCAGCGGACAUGCUGGCAUGAUCGUUGGCAUUGUUUUAGGCUCAAUAGCCCUGGUUGCCGCAAUUGUGUCUAUCCUGGUGGCUGUAUUCUGCUGUUGCCGGAAGUCUAGGGGACAAGCUGGACAAGUGUGCCAACCGGUUACUGGGGCUCAAACAACAG